GGGAACGUGGGUGCGGCCGCCGGGGCUGAGCUCGGACGCCGGGUUCCCGCUAGGGCCGGGACUCAGCUUCCUCCAGUCAGCCGCUGAGCGGGGCCCAGGAGUUUGUGCUCGGAAAGCUCCUGGCGGACUGAGCACGAUGAGGCGGACGGUGCUGCGAUUUUGUAACUCCAGGAAGGGGCUCCUCACUCCUGGAAGAGGACUGACUCAAAGAUCUCCGAAUCUGGAGAAACAGAGAUUCAUCUACACUCAUAAUGGAUGUACAACUAUACACGUGAAUAAUGUUCGUGCUAAGUUGCGGGAGAUAGUAGGAGUGUCCACUAACUAUCAAGACCACGUGAGAGCAAUGGAGGAAAGAAAAUUACUCCGUAGUUUUUUAGCUGAGUCACAGGAACAACUGCCACCUAGGAGAAUGAAAGACAGUUACAUCGAAGUUCUCCUGCCUUUGGGCACUCAGCCUGACUUGCGGGAGAAAUAUCUGACUGUUAAAAACACCGUGAGAUUUGGCAGAAUUCUUGAGGACCUUGACAGCUUAGGAGUUCUUGUUUGCUACACACAUACCAAAAUUGAAGCAGCUAAGAUGUCCCCUUUAUCAAUAGUCACAGCCCUGGUGGACAAAAUUGAUAUGCGUAAGAAGAGCUUAAGCCCAGAGCAGGACAUCAAGCUUACUGGCCACGUUAGCUGGGUCGGUAAGACAUCCAUGGAAGUGAAGAUGCGGAUGUUUCAGUUUCAUGACAAUCAGUUUUUGCCUGUUUUGGAAGCAACAUUUGUAAUGGUGGCUCGUGAUUCUGACAACAAAGGGCCAGCAUUUAUAAAUCCACUAAUUCUUGAAAGCCCAGAGGAAGAAGAGCUCUUUAGACAAGGAGAAAUGAACAAGGGGAAAAGGGUUGCCUUUUCCUCUGCAUCAUUACUGAAAAUGGCUCCCAGUGCUGAGGAGAGGACAACUGUCCACGAGCUGUUUCUUAGCACACUGGAUCCAAAGACCAUUAGUUUUCAAAGUCGAGUUUUGCCCCCUAAUGCAGUAUGGAUGGAGAACUCAAAACUGAAGAGCUUGGAAAUCUGUCACCCUCAGGAGCGGAACAUUUUCAAUCGUAUCUUUGGUGGUUUUCUUAUGAGGAAAGCUUAUGAACUCGGAUGGGCUACUGCAUGUAAAUUCUGUGGUUCCCAGCCAUUUGUAGUAGCUGUGGAUGAUAUCAUGUUUCAGAAGCCUGUUGAAGUUGGAUCAUUGCUGUUUCUUUCUUCCCAGGUUUGUUUUACUCAAGGCAAUUACAUUCAAGUCAGAGUUCACAGUGAAGUGGCCUCUCUUCAUGAUCAAACACAUACAACCACCAAUGUUUUUCAUUUCACAUACAUGUCAGACAAAGAGGUGCCCUUGGUUUUCCCCAAAACGUAUGGAGAGUCCAUGUUGUAUUUAGACGGGCGGCGCCAUUUCAGCUCCAUGACUUUGCCUGUGAAUGUAAGAAAGGCUUCCGCUAUGGAGCAAUAAGAAAACCCUUCUCUGUUGAAGACCAGUGCUCCACAGUGAUGAAGACCCGAUGAAAUGUAUUUUCUUUAGGGUUUAUUCUUAUCCUUGAUAGAGAAGAAUGAGUGCAGCUUUUUGGAAAUCAGAAAAUCAGGACGAGUGACUUGGUAGAGCUACUAAAUAGUAAAUACUCCCCAAGAAGUUUUCAUUGUAAACAUGCUAUUGUGUGUAUUGUCUGCUAAAGAAAUUAGAGUAAAUUUGUAAAUCAUUGGAUAUAUUAUUUUCUCAUGCACAAGUUACAUCUUGGGACUCUUGGUGUACAGCA